UUUUUAUGCCGUGGUUGCGAAGACUUAAUGUAGCGUUGUCGAUCGAUUUUGAUGAAGAUUGCCUUUGUCUGACGGCGUAAGCUUUCUGGCGGACGAAGAUGAGCCUUGUCUUAUCCCAACAACAGGCCGAGGGGCUCUCAACAGUUGUCCACACAGCGGCACAGAGUGAUUCGGACAGUGGAAUGGGCUCUCCUGUGGAUGAGAUGGUGACUGAGGUGACGAAAAAUAGAGAGGACAAUCAAGAUUCUGAUGAUGACGAAGACAUCCAAGUUCACCGAAAACUUCGUUGCCACAAGGCCCUGAGCGACAGUGAGGUAGAGGAUAUGGGCACUAUGGAGUCCAGCAUACAUAUGGCUGAUGUUCUUGUCCUAUCUGCAUCCAGUGGCGGGGAGGUAGAGGCCGAAGAAGUAGAGAAGAAAAAGACGGGGGGAAAAAAGAAAAGGGCACAGAAGAGCAAGAGGAUUUCUCUGGCUCCUGUUGACAGCGAAGAGAGUGGACCUGAGCCAGGCAAAGAUGGAGAGGAGGAGUUGGAGCUAAAAUCAGAGGGAAAGAGGAGAGAGAAGAGCCAGAGGCAUCGGGAGAGGAAGGAGAGGUGUAGCAAAGCAGUGGUGAAACUGAAGAGGAAGAAGGAGCGGAUUUCUAAAAUUAAUGAGGACACACCUCUGCCAGGGGCUUUGAAUGACAGUGGCUGUCUCUUAGGCGACACAGACCUGUUUGAUGCAGGUCUUAAUGAUGAUGAUGAUGAUGAGGAAGAAGAGUCUUUGGAUGCCAUCAGAGCAAAAGUCAAACAGAAGGUUAAAAAACACAAGGAACCGCUGAUGAAUGAGGAGGAAGAGCCAUCGGAGAAACCCCAGCGUGCGGAAAGGAAAGCGGCACGGGCCAGCAAAGAGGCCAUAAAACAGCUCCACAGUGAAUCUCAGAGGCUGGUCAGAGAGUCUCUCGUUGGUCUGCCCUACCACGUCCCUGAACCUAAGACUAUCGACCAGUUCUUCAAGAGAAGAACCAGGCCAGAGGGCCCUGCCAUGGCCCUGCUGAAAUCGACAAAGUAUCAGACCAUGAUAUUGGAGGCUAAGACAGCUCCUCCCCAACCUACCGCCAACCCUCCCAGUGAGCCCCAACAGCCAUCUACAAACCAGGAGUCUUUGUUGGAUAUUUCCUCUGCCCCCAUACAGACCUUGCUACAUCUUGCUGCUGCCACCUCCUCCCCACAGCAGGAGAGCCAAAUUCAGAAUAAAGAACCACCUGUGACUUUGGAACCCAACCAUGAAUUGACUCCGAUGCUUUACUUAUCAGAGAGUUUGCAGGAGUCUAUGACAACAGAUAGUGCAGAGGUCAGCAAUACCUCAGGCACCACAGGAGCAAUCUCCUCUGCACUCCCGAAGGCAAGCCAGGCUGAGGCUUUACCCGAUUCCCCAAACCAGCAAAUAACGGCUAGAACUGAAAGUGACACUUUGGUUCAGGCUCUAGCUCCCCAGUCAAUGCGUAUGGAUCCAGCUGGUCUGGAGCCUGUAGCACAGGGCCCCUCCAAGCCUAAGAAGGACCGACUUGCCAGACUGAGGGAGCUUGGGCUGGACCCUCCACCUGUCCCCAAACUAAAAGCUGAUGAAGGAGCUUUUAUCCACCUGGAGCCCUCACACCACAACCCUGGUGUUGAGGCUCUAAAAGAGCGUUACCUUCGACAUGUCCAACCCACGGUGCGGCCUCAAGGUGAGGUCACAUUGCAGCUCAGCAUCAUCCGUAAAGACAGCGCCCCUUCUGGACAGGAGGAGUUACACACGGAGUCAGUCACGGUCACCGUGAAAGAGGGUAGUGUUGAGGCUGCAGCCAUCAAACCUGGAGAGAAACUGUUGAGUCUAAAGCAGCGUCUGCAGCAGGCCAUGGCCCAGAGGAGACAGGAGGAGAGGGCCCGCAAAGCUGCCCUGCAUCGCCUAGACAACGAAGACUGUGGGGAGGAAGAGGAGGAGGAGGAAGAGAUGACUGAGUCUGAGGGAGAGGGUAUAGAUGACUUACUUGGUGGUGUUGAGGAAGAGGAGGAAAGGGAUGCAGAUGAAGGCAGUGUGGUCCAAAGUGUCAGGAGCCAGUCUCCUGAUGCACUGAAGGGAUCCCCCCCUGACCUUAUCAACACAGACGGUACACUGAUGCUGUUUGCUGGAAACUCCUGCUCUCGCACUGGCGAUGGUGUGAGACGGACUGGUCCCUCAGGGCAGGACAAUGACCAUAAGAUGGAAGAGGAAGACUCGUUGUCUCUGGCAAAGGACAACAGCCACAGCAGUAGCUUUGAGCUGGUGAGUUCCAUGAUCACCUCCUACCAGCCUGUCAAUCACCAGCGCUCCACAGGAAGGGGUGUGUCCAACCCCUGUGUAUUCCGAUCCCCUUCCCCCUGUUUCUUCAGACCCAGCUUCCUCAGCUCUGCAUCUAAGAGUUCAGGAAAACUCUCUGAGCCGUCUCUGUCUUUGCCUGUUGAGGACUCCCAAGACCUGUACGCUCCCUCCUCCCCCAGUGCUGACUCCGGGCCCCUGGGUCAGGUGGCUGCAGGCCCCAGCCUGGGUGGGGACUCACAAGGCCGCUUCUCCCUGGAGGACGAUACCCACUCCCAGUUGCUUGACGCGGACGGCUUCCUCAAUGUGGGACCUCGCACCGGAGCACCUCGCUCCCACAAGAGGCAGUUGAUCUUGGACAGCCUGGAUGAGAACGCAAUGGAUGCUAACAUGGAUGAGCUUAUCGGCCUCUGCUCAGGGGGGUUCGGGGUGACAGGGAGUACGUCCCACAAGGCCGGGGAGAGGGUGGGAGGGCUAAGACCAACACAUGAGGAGGAGUUGUUGGGGUUGUGCUCCGGGGUGUUCCCCACAACACAGGCUGAAGAAGGAGAGACUCAUGAGAAGGAGAAUGAGAGGAGAAAAGAAGAUUCAGAGAGUAACAUGGAUGAACUGCUAGGGCUUUGCUCUGGUGAAUUUCCAAGCCCAGACGCGUCUCGCUUGUGUUCCGUGUCAAGUCCUGGGCACAUGGCUUCAAUCCCAGGGGAAAGUAAUAAGCCUGUGGUGGAAGAGGAGGAGGAAGAGGAUUGUGAGUUCCGACUUCUGUCAGAUGUGGAAAGUCAGAGUGAGACGGACAAUGGUGAUGAUGAGGAAAAUCCUGAGGAGGAGGAAGAGGAAGAAGACAAUGAAGUGGAGGAAGAGGAGAUGCAGGCUUUGUUUGCACCUGAGCGAGCUAGGUGGAAAAAGAAGAAGAGAAUGCAUUUGGCCGACUACGUUGACUCUGAGGCAGAGCUGUCAGGCAGCGAUAUGGCCAGCGAUGAUGACAACGACGGCGACGGAGGAAGCGAGUACGAGGAAGAGGAGCUUCUGGAAGAUCUUCCCUCAGACGAAGAGCUCCAGGACCAGGUCAACAAGAUCCAUAUGAAGCAGGUACUAGACGAUGAUAAGCGUCGUCUCAGGCUGUACCAGGAGCGCUAUCUUGCCGAUGGUGAUCUGCACUCCGAUGGCCCUGGACGAGCACGCCGCUUCCGCUGGAAGAACAUGGACGACAGUUUCAACAUGGGCAGGAUGCAAGGAGAGGGGGAGGAAGAAGAGGAAGAAGAAGAAGACAUCGACCUGACUGAGGUGCAGAGGAGGAAGGAGAGAUUGGAGAGGGAGCAGUGGCUCAGAGAACAGUCUGAACAGAAAAUCAAGAAAGGGGAGAUGGAUUUGGAUGCCGAUGAUGAGAAGAUCGGAGAGGAAGACAGUCAGUUUAUGAAGGUGGCCAAGAAACUCACUGCCAAGACUCUACAGAAGAAAGAGCUCCUUGUGGUGCCGCAGCCAGAGAAGAAGGCAGCAACUCUGAAUCCCUUCCAGAGACCCUCGCAGCCUCCACAGGUGAGGAGAGGUUCAUUGCUCAGUCAGCCUCGCUUCAUGCUCCAGAAGUUGGCAUCCAUCUCUGAUGGGAACCCCCUGGCUCCCAGAAACACCAGGGGUUUUCUGUUUCAAACCCUGUCCCCUGAGAAGGGCACCCAGACCUCAGAGGCUCCCAAGAAACAGAUUAAGAGACGGCCAGCGGGGAUUGAGGUCCAACCAGCUAAGAGGAUCUGUAAGGAGAAUCACCUCGGUGCACUGACGGCUAAAGCCCCCCAGAAGAGCAUCUUCAGCUUCCUGGAGAACUGAGAAGAUGGCUGCCAAUAUAGGGGGGUCGUACUGAGCACUGCGAGUGCAGAAAGCUAACUUUAGCGUCCAGCAGCUACGUGGUUCUCAUUGGUUUCCAAAUUCCCCAGCCACAUCCACUACUUGAACUGCCCACUAGACUUUAUGAACACAACAGGAGCCUCAAAGUUACACACCGGCUGAAGUGGCUGCUAGGGUAGAAAAACUCAGCCAGCGACAGCAAGAA